AUGACUUCAAAUUCCAGGACGUCUCUAGCUUUCCAGCACGAUGGGAAGCUCCAACACGUUGAGGCGACCGUAAUAUCAGUUCGUUCUUUCAGUGCUCUUGAAGAGUUGAACCGCCAAGUAUUCAAAUCUGGCACUGACGAGGAUCAUGUGGUGGUUACCGACAAGACGAUAUUCCAUCCGCAAGGAGGCGGCCAACCGUCUGACACUGGCACGAUGACAGGAAAAUCAGGCCUCACUUUUACAGUAACGUCUGUUCGUAUGGAUCUUGUCCGUGAUGGCCAAGUCAUGCAUCUAGGCCGUUUUGCGAACGAAGAUGCUGCCAGUGCCUUUAAUAGUGGAGAGACCGUUGAACAAGCUAUCGAUGCAGAUAAGCGGCUACUAUACUCCCGACUUCAUACGGCAGGGCAUGUGCUAGGCGCAUCUGUCAGACAUCUUGUGAAGGAUGAAGUGAAGGAUUUUGCAGAGCUAAAAGCAUCGCAUUUCCCUGGCGCAGCAGCUUGCGAAUUCCAAGGUCUCAUCGACGGCAAAUGGAAGGAUGCAAUUCAGAAAAAAGUGGAUGAAUCUAUCGUUGCCAAAUUGCCAGUCACAGUGGAAUGGUGGGAUGAGAAUGACUUUCGCACGAGAGGACUGGAUCACUUAAUCCCAGACAGUAGUCUAGUUGCCCGGGGCGAGAAGUUUCGCAUGGUCAAUAUUGGUGGCUUGGAUGUGUACCCCUGUGGAGGAACACAUGUUGAGACGACAGAUUUGUGUGGCCAUACCACGGUGAAAAAGAUAACUCGGAAGCAAGGGCAGUCCAAGGUCAGCUAUUCUAUUUCUUAG